AAUUUCAUAUAUUAUUGUUCUUGGAAAUCUGAAAUUGAUUUUGAUUGUUUUGUUCCUUUGAUAUUUAAGAGAAGCAACAUCUAUCUAAUUUAUGUUUACUCAAUAUAUAAGAUGUACUCAUCUUCCUUGAUAAUCGAUCCGUAUAUGACUAACCAUUAGUAUUUUAUCAUGUAUAAUCUCCUUUUGAGGAGUCUUAAUAUUUUUUUUUUCAUUAACUCUUUACUUGGUUUAAUAUUUUAUAGCUAUUGUGAGUACCGACUAGUCUACCUCUAAAACUGAGGUGUAUAUUUCUUGCAUUUAAAAAAUAUUACAGGAUCUUGAUUCAAGGGAUAUGCUUUGAUUUGAUUCUCAUAUUCACGUUGGACCAAAUGUGGAGUAAUUAAUGACAUUCUGGCAUUACUCUUUGAGCAAUCUCUUGCCCUUAUUAUUUAAUGUUCCCAUGUUUAGAGAUUUUUGUCCUUUAAUAAACACUUGUGUAGUUCUAUGUAUUAUUAAUUGGAAAAUGUUUGAGUAACUCUUAGGGUUGUCAACCCUCUUAGAUACAUUAGAAUAAAAUAUUAAUAUGUAUGUAAUAAAUGAGGAGAGAAGAGAUAAAAAAUAAUGUUUUAAUGUAUUCCUAACCAAUGAAAAUUCAAUAAUAGGAGGGUUGGCAACCUUUAGAGCAUGAGCAAUGGGGUUGGUUUUGGUUGGUCUAGCAAAAAGUAAAGCUAGCUUUACUUAGCUUUACCAUUGGAGCAAUUGGCCCUUGGAGUUGGUUGAUCUGGAAUUCUAGACCAACCAUGCCUUGGAUGGUGUCCAUAACAACAAAUGGGGUGUUGCCACAUGUAUCAAUAUUGCUUUAUUGUUGCUGUUUUUUUUUUACAAGAUUGUUUUUUUUUUUUGUUUUAAAGUAAAUAAAAUCAGCUUAUAAUUUUUAAAAAAAAAUUACAUUACAACUAUAAAAAAAAUUAUCUAUAAAUUGAGCCUAAAUUUGAUAUAUUUUAUCAUAUUUUUUCACAACCUACUUUUGUUUCUAAUAACUUUCUCCUACCUAAAAUUAUUCAAAAUGUAUAUAAAUUAUUUAAUAUAUCACUAAUUAAAACAUGAAUAAAAAUUAUCUACUCUAUAUAAGAAUAAGAACAUUUUCAAUAGGAAAGAGAUUUUUGUCCUUUAAUAAACACUUGUGUAGUACUCCCUCCGUCCCAAAAUAUAGUUCCCAUUUCCCUUUUUUCACGGUAAUUUAUGCAAGUAGAAUAUAAGAGCGAUAAUAAAGAUUUUUUUGUUUAUUUCAAUAAAUGUUGUAUGGGAAAAAAUGAUUUUAGGAGAGAUAAUGGAGAAUAAUUGGUGAAAGAUCAUUAAUUCUAACAUUUUGGUUGAAUAAACAAAGGAAAAAACAAAAUUCAAGAAGCAAAUAAAUGAUGGGACACGGUUUUUAUAGACAAAUUACGGAAAAAUGUAAAACUAAAUAUGGAAAUGGGAACUAUAUUUUGGGACACCCAAUAUGAAAAUGGGAACUAUAUUUUGGGACGGAGGGAGUAUUAUGUAUUAUUAAUUAUGAUGCCUCACUUGUUAUGUUCCCCAAUGGCGUGGUUGACUUUACGUUGUCACUAACUCACUAAAUCACUAGUAUAAAGGUGGUGUGCAGUCAAGUUAGUAGUCACCAUUGAUUAAUCACCCACUAUACUUGAAUCCUCACAACUUUGAUCCCUUUUGUUUCAACUUUGUCUCAAAAAUGGACAUUGGAUCAGCUAUGUCUGUUGUCGAAACUCUAUUUACAGCAUGUUCAAAACUGAAAGAAAUAUGCUCCUACUUUGGCUACGAAUCUCAACUUGCUGACCUCCAACGUACAGUUUCUACUGUCAAGGCUGUGCUUCUUGAUGCAGAGACCAAGCUAGAGCUCUCCAAUGAAGCACAGUUAUGGAUUGAAGAGCUCAAAGAUGCUAUCUAUAAUGCUGAUGAUCUAUUUGAUAGGUUUGUCACUCUCACUGAACAGAAGCAGAGGGAAGUCAUGGAAGAUGGUAAAGUCUCUAAACAAGUGUCUCGCUUCUUUUCUCGUCACAAUCCUUUUAGUUUUGCAUAUAAUAUGUCUCAUGAAGUUAAGAAGAUUAGGGAGGAGAUUGAUGCUAUUGCUAGUAAUCAUACUAAGUUUGGCUUCUUAAGUCUUGACUCUCAGCCUAUUAGGAAGAGAAGAGAGGAUACUUGUUCUUAUGUUUAUGAGGAUAAUAUUAUUGGGAGGGAGGAUGAUGUAGACGAGAUCGUAGGUGUCUUGCUAGAUAGUAAUAAUGUUGAACGCAAUGUUUCUUUCCUUUCUGUUGUCGGCGUAGGAGGGUUGGGGAAAACUGCUCUUGCUCAGCUUGUUUUUAACGAUGCAAGGGUCUUAAGUGCCUUUCCGUCGAGGCUGUGGACUUGUGUAUCUGAUCAUGAUCAGAAACAGUUGGAUGUCGAAGGGAUUCUUCGUAAGAUCCUAGCUUCCGUUACUGGUCACCAGCCUGAUGGAUCCACCAAAGAAUGGGUGCAAAGCCAGGUUCGAGAGAAACUAGCAAGUGACAAAUGCUUGCUUGUUUUAGAUGAUGUAUGGACUGAGAACCGCAAUCACUGGCUUAAAUUGGUGGAAUACUUGUUAGGAGCCCGAAUGGGAAGUUGGGUUCUAGUAACUACACGUUCACAGGAGACUACAAGAAUUAUAGGAGAUGGUAUUUCGCAUAAGCUGCAAGGACUGUCAAAUGAGAAUUCUUGGCAUUUGUUUAAAAAAGUAGCCUUUGGAUCGGAACAAUCAGGUCAUCAUGAUGAUGACUUGGUUAAAAUAGGGCAAGAGAUUGUUAAAGGGUGUGCUGGAGUCCCUCUCGCUCUCAGAGUAGUAGGGAGUCUUAUGUAUGGUCAAGAGAAGAGUAAGUGGUUGUCCAUUCAGGAAAUAGGUUUAGCCAACAUAAGAGAAUGCCAAGAUGACAUAAUGCCAAUAUUGAAGCUAAGCUACAAUAAUCUGGAGUCCCCUCUACAAUGUUGCUUCAGUUAUUGUGCUUUGUUUCCUAAAGAUUAUGUGAUUCAGAAGGAAAUGUUGAUUAGUAUGUGGUUGGCACAAGGCUAUAUUGUUUUAUCAAAUGAAUAUCAAAGUAAAGAAGUUGUUGCGGAGGAGUAUUUUUCUAUUUUGUCGCGUAGAUGUUUUUUCCAAGAUGUGUCAAAAGAUCAAUUAGGUGAGAUUAAUACAUGUAAGAUACAUGAUUUGAUGCACGAUAUUGCUCAGAAGGUAGCAGGAAAGGAGAUUUGCAUAAGUGAUUGUAUCAAUGAAAACAUGCAUAAAAAAGUUCGGCAUCUUGUCCUUGAGAGAGGUGAAUCUAAAAGAAAUAUUUUCACUAAGACCCGUAUUCGUUCGUAUGUCCAGGUAGAAUUGUAUAAGUCCGAGAGGCCCAGGAUGGACCAGCUCUAUUUGGAGGAAUUACUAGCGAAUUUCACGUGCAUGAGGGUAUUGGACCUGAGUUGGUCAAACAUUGAAAGCUUGCCAAGCAGAAUAGGUGAACUGCUACAUUUAAGGUACUUAGAUCUCUCAGGUAAUAAAGAAUUAGAAGUGCUUCCCACGUCAAUUAAGAAACUAUAUAAUCUAGAGACCUUAAACUUGAAUCGCUGCAAGAAAUUGAAAGAGCUACCAAAACAUAUAAGCAAACUGGUUAAGCUUAGGGUUCUAGAUAUUGAGGUAUGCAACAAUCUGAAUUAUAUGCCUGCUGGGUUGGGUAUGUUAACAAACCUUCAUAGCCUACCAUUGCUUGUGUUGCGUGAAGCUAGUUCAAAUUGUAAGCAGUGGUUUGAUCAUCUGGAAGACUUAAAAGCUCUCAAGAAUCUGAAAGGUAGUCUAGGCAUCUGUAUCCAACUCCCCAAAAAUGCUAAGAUAGAUAUUAAAAGGGAAGGAGGAUACCUGAAGGACAAAUAACAUCUUAAGCGUAUUAAUUUUCUUUUAGUGUAACAGAGGUUGACAGAAGGCUAAUAGAUAAUGAAGAUGCAUUAAUGGAAGACAUGCGGCCGCAUUGUAAUCUCAAGAUAUUACAAAUUUGGGGAUACCAUGGUGUCAGAAUGCCAAGUUGGGCAAAGUCUCUGCAAAAUCUUGUUAAUAUAGAACUUGUUAGCUGUGAGGAGUUGAAGCAACUGGCAUGUCUUGGAAACCUGUGUCGUCUGAAAGUCCUUGGACUUCUCGACUUGCCUAAUUUGGAGUACAUAAUUGAAAAUAGUAGUGCAUCACAUAUGGCCCGAGCUGUACUGCCAAAUGCAGAAGGCUUGUCAGUCCUUCCCUCCCUUGAACGGAUUGAGUUUAAUAGUUUGCCAAAACUGAAAGGAUGGGUAGCAGAUGGUCAUCAGCUUGAUUGUAGCAGCAGCAUGGAGAUGAAAUCAUUGCUGUGUCUUUCAGGAUUGAAGUCAUGGGACAUCAAUGACUGCCCGGAGCUAAAAUCUAUUCCGUCGUGUCCCGGUUUGGUAAGUUUAUGUUUUAAUGGUUUCAGCGAAAGACUGAGAAUAAUAAAGAUUGAUAAACAAAGGGAUUUACCCUCUCCUAGUACCUCAUCUUCACCUUUCGUAUUGGAUCCCAUUCCCAAAUUAAUAGAUAUUUCAACGGACAACAUGAGAUGGCUGAAAUCACUCCCCAUGGAGUCUUUUCAGAAGGUUGAAAGGAUGGUAAUAUGGGGGGACAAGAAGUUGGAGGGUUUGGAAGAAGUUGAGCAAGUGCUGCGUAGCUGCUCGUCUUCCUUGCGUUACUUGGAAAUACGUUUUUGUGACAAUCUAAGGAGUGUAUGUGGAGGAUUUGAGCAUCUCACUUCCUUGGAGAGUUUAAUCAUAGAAAGAUGCCCUAAUCUGAAGCUAUCAGAAGAAGAAGAGAAAGAAGAUGGUGAUGGCAUUAGCAUGCCAUGGCGAUCCUUUCGUCACUCCCUCCACUAUUUAACUUUACAAUUUCUUCCACAGCUGAUCGAUCUGCCUAAUUGGAUACAGCAUUUGACUGCUCUCAAAAAAUUCAAGAUUGUGUAUUGCAAAGAAUUGAAUUCCUUGCCAUCUUUGAUGUCUAAACUCACCUCUCUCAGGGAUCUUCGAAUCUUGUUGAAUUCAGAACGCCUCCAUGAGAGAUGCCAAAAUACCACUGGCGAGGAUUGGUCCUACAUCAAACACAUCCCUAAGAUUACUAUUAAUGACAAAGAUGUAAGAAAAUAAAUAUCGUGAUUGGAUCUAACAUUUUCAUUGUAAUCCUCCUCAAUUGUACUUUAAUACUUCUACUUAUAUGGGAUGGCAACCAGGCUUUCAUUGAAGCACUUUUAUGAUUAUUAAUUAUUAUUCCAUGUUAAGUUAUUAAUAUUUGUUCUUUAUAGUUCACUUCAGAUCUGCUCUUUGUCAAUCUUUCUACAAAGAAAAAUAUGUACUCUGUCUAUUACCUGUCUUUCAGUAUGAACAACUGAAAUGAAUGAUACAAAGUAAACAAUUUUGCCAUCCAAAUUUUCCCAUCCAAAUUUGCAGCAUAGCUGCUGUUUUUGUGUGCGUGAGGUCUGACUCAUAUGUAGUUUGAAGCUGCUUAAUAUCUCUAACAUUGGUCAAAUUUUACAGCAAUGAUGUUCAUGGCUCAUAAAGGCUUAAUUGAUCACGGGAAAGCUGGUUACAUUUCAAGGCUCAUUGAUACUCAACUUGGAUAUUGGUAUGCGGUUCAUUUCGGACAUAAAUCAUGCAGGUUUAGUAAUAGCAACUGUCAUUCGAACUAUUUCCUUGUGGGUACUCAACAGUGAGUGCUUAUAAGCAUUUUCUUGCUCAUGGUUUUUCUUUCCGAAACCCAGAAGCAGUUAUAUACUUCCAUAGUUCUACAAAAUCGCAGGCUUACAUGUAUACAGUUAGUUAUUCAUUAGUUCAAUUUCGAACAAAGAAGUUGCCUCUUCUGGAUCUGCAUUAAUGUUGCACAUCUUUAAUUAUUUUUGUUUACCAAAAGCGACGAAAUGUGGAAUUUGAUAUUAUUGUCGGAGACUGUUUAAUAUAUCAGCCUUUGUCAAAAAAUAAAGUCUGUAAUCUAUCCACCACCUCUCAUAUGGUAUCUGAUACAGAUGACAGAAGGCAAUGGCUUGCAACUGUUAAUUUCUCUAAUCAUUAGGCUUUUAAGUUGAUCAGUUUACCCUUGUAACUAUUCAGGCUAUGUUUAGUUCACCUGAAAUUUUCUGAUCUGAACUUAUCUGAUCUGAUCUGAACUUAUUUUUUCUGAUCUGAUCUGAACUUAUUUUUUCUGAUCUGAUCUGAUCUGAACUUAUUUUUUCUGAUUUGAUCAUCUGAUCUGAUUAGAUCUGAAAUAAGCAAAAAUAAGGUGAACUGAACAUAGCCUCAGUCUAUGAUUCAGUAAAUAGAGUCAAGUGAUUUGUUAACAUAUUCAGAAGUAGGCUGUCAAAUGUCCUUAGAAUUAUAAAGAUGGUUCCUUAAGUUUACCCUUGUAACUAUGCAUGACUUCAAAACCUUGUUUUUGCGGUAUAUAUUGAUCACCAGUUGGUUGUGCUAGGUUGUUUUUUAGCUCUUCAUUUUUAUAGUAUCAAUUUGCAGUACCUAGUUCUAUUAUGGUGUAUUAGUUAAAUGCAAAUCAUGUUGAUGAACCAGAAAUUGGAGAGUGGAGUUUGUUGGUUACAGUCCCUUGUCUCUCACAAGUGAUAACACCUUGUUAAUCUCAUUCCCACACAUUAAAAUUGAAAGUGAAGAAAAAAAGACCCAAACUAUUUUAUCCUUGAAAUUCAAUACAGUAUCAAUUUUUUUUACCUUUGUUGUGUAUGUCAAAUUUAUUUUGAUUUAAACUGUUGUUAUUGUGUAUAACUUUCACAUUUGUGACUUACUUGGUUUUUUUCCCUUUUGAAUUCUCAAGCUUUUCUCGAUAUCUGCUGCUGACGGACUAUUGAAAUGGUAUUACUACUUUUGACAAAGUACUUAUAUUGUAAGGGGCGUUUGGUUCGUUGAGAGGAAAGGGAAAGGUUAUGAGAAAGGGUUAUAAGAGGAAUGGAAAGAGUUUCCCUUGGAUUAAAAAUGUUGUUUGGUUAGGAACAUCAAAUAAAAUAGAAAAUUAUUAUUAUUAUUUAAUAAUAAUAAUAACAAAUAAAAAUAUUAAAUAAUAAAUAAUAAAAUAAUAAAUAAUAAAUAAUGAAUAAUGAAUAAUGAAUAAUAAAUCAUAAAUAAUAAAUGAUAAAUAACAAAUAACAAAUAACAAAUAACAAAUAACAAACAACAAGUAACAAGUAACAAGUAACAAGUAACAAGUAACAAGUAACAAGUAACAAGUAACAAGUAACAAGUAAUAAAUAAUAAAUAAUAAAUAAUAAAUAAUAAAUAAUAAAUAAUAAAUAAUAAAUAAUAAAUAAUAAAUAAUAAAUAAUAAAUAAUCAAUAAUAAAUAAACAAUAAUAAAUAAUAAAUAAUAAA